ACCUGCCAGAAUAGGAGUGGUGGAAAAAUAAUGCUGUCAUGAGAGAAAGCUGUCAUCUCUGCAUAGAUUUAACUGUUAUUGUACGACUGAAGACAUUCACUACUGUUAUACAAUAAAGUAUUGAGCGAAAAACAAGAAAGAUGUUCUCUCCGCGGAUCCUUAAUGCUGCAUCAUCUUUGGUGUGCAGAAGAUUUUCCAUGGGUCAAAUGUCCAGACAAGGAAAGGCUACUGAUAUGUCGGAAGGAAACUCAUAUUUUCUUGUGAGCAAUGUUCGCAACAGGCUGAGGGAGAUAGUUGGAGCAUCCACCAACUGGAACAACCAUCAGCAAGCAAUGGUUGAGCGUGCAUCACUAAGCCAGUAUCUUGCUCAAAGUCAAGACGAACUGCCUGCAAGAACAAUGAAGGACAGUGUAAUUGAGGUUCACCUCCCUCUGGGUUCCCAGCCUGCUCUGAGAGAGAAAUAUCUCAACUAUCUCAACAGUGUCAGGUUUGGCCGGAUUAUGGAGGAUUUGGAUAGUUUAGCAGUGCUCAUCUGUUAUUCUCACACAUGGAAUAAAGAUCUGAAAAGAUCGCCACUGUCUAUUGUCACCGCCCUAGUGGAUAAGAUUGACAUGAGAAAAAACAUAAUCUACCCAGACUGUGAUAUCAAGUUCACAGGUCAUGUCACAUGGGUUGGCAAAACUUCAAUAGAAGCUAAAAUGCACAUGUCUCAGAAUCACGAUGGAGUAUACACCGAAGUAUUAGAUGCCACAUUUGUAAUGGUGGCUCGAGAUGCUGAAAACAAAAGGGCAGCUUUUAUAAACCCACUGAAACCAGAGGGGCCAGAGGAACAAGCUAUUUUUCAACAGGGAGAGAUUAACAAGAAGAGGCGGGUGGAGCUGAGCACAGCAUCCCUUCUUAAAGUGGCCCCAACAGCUGAGGAAAGGACUCGCAUUCACAACCUGUUCCUCAACACUCUAGACCCAAGAACUGUGAGUUUUCGAAGUCGGAUUCUACCACCUAACUCAGUUUGGAUGGAAGAUGCCAAAAUGAAAGGGCUUGAGAUUUGUCACCCACAGGAAAGAAAUAUAUUCAACCGAAUAUUCGGUGGCUUUCUGAUGAGAAAGGCCUACGAACUUGGUUGGGCCAAUGCCUGUGCAUUUGCUGGCUGCAGACCAACCCUGAUGGCUGUAGAUGACAUCUUGUUUCGGAAACCAGUAGAAAUUGGUUCCUUGCUAUUACUGUCCUCACAGGUUUGUUACACAGAAGGGAUGCACAUCCAGGUCAGAGUUCACACAGAAGUGCUUGACCCUUUGACCCGGCAGCACAGCACCACAAAUGUGUUCCACUUCUCCUUCCGUGUAGAGAAGGAUGUCCCAGCUGUGGUGCCACGGAGUUAUGGAGAGUCUAUGCUUUACCUGGAUGGAAAGAGACACUUUGAUGAGACCAUGAGAAGCCAGUCUUGAGUAUUCUGGGAUGUGCGAUAGGAUGUGAUUCCCGCCAAAGCAACAUCCAGCACUACAGAUACACUAGUGUUUAUGUGUGAUUUCUGAUUUAUUUGAACAGUGCUGUCCAUUAAAUUUUUUACAAUAUACAAUUGCCUACUGCCAUUACAUAUACCUGUAUGUAAUUUACCUAUUCAGGAGAGGCACCUUCAGAGAAAAGAGCUACUAGAAAAGAGCUUUUAGACAUUGGAUUUUCUUAAUUUUUUUUUAUGGAAGUUCGUGUAUUUAUUUAUUUUUAUCCAGGCAUAACUGAAUUAUGUCACUGGCCACAUCUACCUGUUUUGUCAUUAGAAUCAAUAACUGACCAUAGUUUGUUUGCAAUGCAGAAUGCAAUAUAUGAUCAAAUAUAUCAGGAGAGAUGUAUGUUAUUGAAGAUCAGCAAAAAACAUAACUUUAAAAGACUUUAAAGUAAGAGACAUACACACAAUAAUUUUCUAAGUCUUGCACACCUUGAUCUCCUCUGAAAGGUUUCACUUAAGUUGAUGAUCAAGUUGUGAGGGUUUGACCUCAUUUUAUAUUUUUCUACCAACUAACCCAACAUACCUGUGCUAAAGAGCACUUAAUGGAUAGGUUUAUGUUUCAGAAUGCUGAUUUUUUUUAACUACUUUUCAGUUUAGCCAAAUUGAGGAUUUCCCAUUGUCAGUUUCUGCAUAAUUAUUGUUUAAAUAGAACAAACAUUCAUAGAAAUGUAGAAAAGAUGGUAGAAUGGACCUAAAAUGAACUCUGUAUGCCGUAAAUGUUAAACUUUAAAAUAUAUCUCAUUUAGUCACACUACCUGGGCCAUAUGUGACAAAUAUAUGCAUGUCUUUUAAAAAAAAUUUUGUGCAUAACAUAUAUUAAUCAGCACAUGCAGUAUAUGUCCCUCUAUUUAAUUUUUUUAAAUGCUUUUAUUAUUUUGUGCCUUUGUAUGAGUGGUUGUUCAAUUCUUGGUCAUUUGUUACAGAGAGAUGUACAGUAUAAACACAACAAAUCAAUAAGCCUAUCUGCGUCUCAAUUGGCAGACUAACGUCAUUUACCUUAUUUGCAAUGUUCAUCUCAGAAUAAACAUCUCAGUAUUCUGUUUUGACAGACGGUUUAUAAACAUUUUAAACAGAGCUGCAUUUGGUGAAAUCUUGUGUUUUGUUAAAAGGAAUAGUUCACCCAAAAAUAAAAAUUCUCUCAUCAUUUACUCAUCAUAUUGC